AUGAGCAGACUUAUAGAACGAAGCAUAAUUCAGGAAGAAUUCUCUGAUCGAAGGACUUUCAAAUCCAUCUUGCCUAUAUCUCUCCAACCGAGAUUUGAGAAUAGAGAGCAAUGUCUGUUUUGCUUGUGGUUCAAGAGCAUCUCGCAAAUAGAUUUCCACCAUUUUACUUAUUCGAAAGGCGUCCAUCUGUGAAUUAUGUGUCAGCCAGCCACCAUUCUCAUGUAUUUUGUUGAGCCGAUCGGCGAGCAACAUCAAGAACUCGGCAUCGUCAGAAUCAACCACAUCGACUGGCACGAACAAUCCCCAAAUCGAGAGUGGAAUGUCCACCUCUGA